AUGAUUGACCCCGUCGCCGCUGCAUUGGCAGCCGGCUGGAUGAUAGCAGUCCCUUGGAUACGGCGCGUCGUCUGGAUUCGAGAGAGUGACGGCGACCUGAGAGGAGACACCAUCAAUAGCACGUUCGAGGAGGUCACGUUGGCAUUGAGGGGUGCGUCUGCCGACAACGAUGCCGCCGUAUCGCAACGCGUGGGACGGACUCUCAAGCGACCCAUCGACUUGACGAAGGAAGCAGAAGUCUUCCCAGCGGGCUGA